AUGAGCGAAAGCAUUGCUAAAAACAAGGUUUUCUUGAACUACAAAGGGUUUCUUAUCGAUGGAACCGUCUUUGAUAGCAACGAGGGUCGUGGUGCCCCAUUCAGUUUUAUUUUAGAAGCAGGCCAAGUUAUCAAGGGAUUUGACAUCGCGGUAGCUUCAAUGAAAGUGGGCGAGAAGUCUAAGUUUUUAAUCAAAAGCGAAUACGCUUACGGCGCCAAUUCCCCAUCGCCCAGCAUUCCGAGUAAUUCAGAUUUGAUAUUUGAGUUAGAGCUGCUUGAAAUCGAUAACAAAAAAGAUAAAAACGAGUUGACAAUUACCGAAAAACUAGCAGCAGCUGAUCAAGCUAAAUCAGACGGAUCGUUUUUUUUCAAAGAAGGAAAAAUAGCCAAAGCGAUAUCUGAAUAUAAAUAUGGAUGCGAUCUAGUUGCAGAUUACCAGGAUUGGUCAGACGAGUUUCAAGACGAAGCGCAAACUUUAUUUAUUUCGCUGAGUCUGAACUUAGCGUUAGCGUUGAUAAAAAACCAGGAAUACCUAGAAGCUUGUAGCCAAGCUAUGAAUGUGUUGGCGCUCGAUAAACAUAACUUUAAAGCCAUUUAUCGCUUUGGAUUAGCCAAGUUGCACUUAGGCGACGCCCAAACUGCGAUAGAUCUACUUCAAAAAACGUUCGGUCAGAACAUACCGGCCGAACUAGCUGACGUUUACAACAAGUUAGCGCAGGCUAAAGCGAAUGCCGAGGAAAAAACAAAGAAUUUGUAUUCAAAAAUGAUGGCCGCUUUUAAAUAA